AUGGGUACAAAAAAAACAGAUUCAGAAACAGACAAUAAAGUUGAAAAUUACAGUACAUUAUGGAAUCCUUUAAAUUGGGAUUUAAGAGAAUUCAUUUGUGGUUGGGGUUCGGCUUUUAUUAAUAUCUGUGUAACUUAUCCCAUCAACAAAGUUACAUUCAGGCAGAUGCUGCAUAAUCUUUCACCGAUAAAUGCAAUUAAACAAAUAUCCAAUGAAGGAAUAUAUGUAUUGUACAGAGGAAUACUCCCACCCCUUUGUCAGAAAACAACUAGUUUAUCACUCAUGUUUGGUGUAUAUGAAGGCUCAAGAAUGCCAUUACAAGAAAUGGUUUCUCCUAUGAAAGCCAAGGCAUUAGCUGCUCUUAUUGCAGGAACUACAGAAGCAACAUUAGCUCCAUUGAAAGAAGAUGCAGCCAAAGAAAUGUUGAACAAAAAAAAUGGAAACUGGUAUAGUAAAAUGUUUGGUGAAUUUAUAUGUGGUGGCCUAAUAGGAGGUAUGAUAAGUAGUUUUUUCUAUCCUUUAAAUGUGGUAAAAGUACAUUUGCAAAGUAAACUAGGUGGGGAAUUUCAAAACAUCUAUUCAGCUGUGAUACAAAUAUACAAUGAAAGAGGAAGAAAAGUAUCGUCUUUUUACAGAGGAGUACAUUUAAACUAUACUAGGGGUUUUAUAAGUUGGGGAUUUUAUUAUUUCUGUUAA